CGCCGGUUGCCGCGGAGGUGAAAGCGAGGACCGGACCUGGGCUGCUCGCCAAUGACCACUCCGCCAAGACUUCCUCUUCUGCGGAACGGAAUUCUCCCGCUUUAUCCAAUCUCCCUCACCAGAAGUUUCAGAAAUAUGGCAUCCAUUUUACGAUACAUCUUCCCUCUGUUGGUUAUGGCGCCUAUCUGCCUGAGCGAAACCAAAGGUGGGUGUGGACGAAACGAUCCAGACUUCAGCCAAUGUGUUGUCAACAGAAUGAAUGACAUGCGACCAACUCUGAAAAAAGGACUUCCUCAUUUGAAGAUCGGCUCCUUGGAUCCGAUGCUGGUUCCCAUGAUCCGCUUAAAGCAAGGAAACGGGCCAGUCUCCAUUGAUCUGAUCUCCACCGAUCAAAUAUUUCGAGGAAUGAUCAAUUAUGAAAUAAAGUCUGCCAAUAUUGACUUGCAGAAUUACAAGAUGGAAUUCACAGUGACUCUUCCCUGGCUGUAUGUCGAGGGCGAGUCCAAAAUAGAGGGGAGGAUACUCGUGCUUCCCAUCCGGGGCAGCGGCCACAGCUGGAGUAACUACACAUCGGUGAGCGGAAAGGCUGUGCUCAUGGGGCAUCCCACCAGGAAAGACGAUAAAGAGUUCUUCAACCUGGACAAAGUCAAGUUUGACAUCUUCGUGAAGAAGGCCACGAUGCAUAUGAACAACUUGUUUAAUGGCAACCAGCAAUUAGGAGAAGCUGUCAACACUUUGAUGAAAGAGAACUGGGAAGUGGUGUUCCAGGAGAUGAAACCAGUGGUGGACCAGACAGUGGAGGCGCUAAUCAAGGACAUUGCCAGCAAAGUGUUCAAGCGCUAUAGCCUGGACGAAAUGUUUCCUAAAUAAAUUGUGCCGAAAUAUAUUUAAAAAGGUUUUAUAUGUGCUUUAUGAAGGUUUUUAACAAAUAAAAUAUCAGCUCUGCAUUUAUGAAACACA